AACCCUAAACCGAAGGUUCGUGGGGGUAUUAUGGUCACGUGGUAGGGGUGUUGAGAGUGAAUGAAGCACUAUUUAAAUUACGAUUUGCGCAGGCAGCGUUACGCUGUGGGAGCCUUAGUUCUGCAGCCACAUACUCUUAUUCUUUACUACCAUCCACGCUGCAAACCAUUCGAAAAUGCACCAUGGUGGUUGUCCCCACUCCCUGUUCAUCCCAUGCCCCUACUCUGUUAACCCGGAAAGAGUCUUGUUAACCCGGACAUAAUCCUUCAGCAACGCCUGGGAAGAGAGAGGUUGUCGGCGGCCCACCCAACAACAAACCCAAGUCAAGCCAGAGAGCCUUUUCAGCGCGGCUUCAAUCCUUCAAAACAACCUACAGAUAUGUCCCAAGAGAGGUUUCCAGCCGCGUCCAAAAGGAGCUCUGCAAAAAACAAUCUCAGCUUAGAGCAAAUGAUCGCAGCCAGUCCAGGAAAGACUCCAAUCCAAAUGCUUCAUGAGUAUGGUACAAAGAUUGGUAAACCCCCCAUCUAUUACAUGGAAAAAGCUGAGGGCAAUGCUCAUCUACCCAGUUUCAUUUUCAAUGUAGAAAUUGGAGCUGUCACCAGUACAGGUCAAGGUCUGAGUAAAAAGGCUGCAAAACAUAAAGCUGCUGAAGCUGCUUUAAAUAUUCUAAAAGGAGAGCCAGGUAUGAGCCUUCCCUUCCCAAUGACCGAGGUGCCUGAUUCUCCAAAACCAUCACAAAAUCAGUCCAACCCUAUUGGCACACUACAGGAACUGGCGGUCCAAAAGGGUUGGAGACUCCCGGAGUACUCUGUGGCUUUGGAGUCUGGGCCCGCUCACAAGAGAGAAUAUUCAGUGACCUGCAGAAUAGAAGCAUUUCUUGAAACAGGGUGUGGGAGCUCCAAAAAAAUAGCCAAAAGGUCUGCAGCUGAACAGAUGAUAGCAAAACUUCAAAAUCUGCCAGAUAGUUCAGAUACCCCCGGAAUAUCUGGAUUCAGGUGGGAAUCUUUGAAAAAUUCUUCGGCAGAGAAGAUCACAAUGCUAAAGAGAAACCCGCUGAGUAUUCCCAACACGGAUUAUGUGCAGAUGUUAUCAGAUUUGUCUCAGGAGCAAGGGUUUGAGGUCACUUUCCUGGAUAUAGAUGAGCUGACUGUGAAUGGGCAGUACCAGUGUCUGGCUGAGAUCGCCGCUUCCCCAGUCACUGUGUGUCACGGCACAGGGAUCUCGUGUGGUAAUGCUCACAAUGACGCAGCUCACAGUGCACUGCAGUAUGUGAAGAUCAUGGCAACAUCAAAAUAAGUGCUUAGACUGAUGAACAAUAUGGAGAGAACAUAAUCAUGUUGAAAAAUUUAAGCUAAGCAAAAGUUUUAUCAUUAAAUAAUAUAAUCAGGGAUAAUAUAAAAUUACAAACACGUUGUUUACAAUUUACAAACAUUCAAAGAAACUCCCAUGAAUAUACAUUGGAAAGUGAUGUGGCAUAUAAAUUAAGUUUUUUUUAAAUAGAUUUGGUAAUUGAGGUGAAACAAUAUUUGUUUGCCUUGAAUUUUUUUUUUUUUAUCAUAGUAACCCUUCAGUUUAAGUAGCGGGGUUCCGAUAUUGCGUUUUACAGCCCGACAUGUUGCUACAACUGUUUAAGUUACGUACCUAUAAUUUGUCUUUUCAUUGUUAACAUCCUGACAACUUUUAACU